AAUUUCACAAAAAAUGUUUCUGUUCAUUGCAUUGAUGAUAGUUCUUGGUUCAUUCUUGCAAAAUUCAUAUGUGGGUAAGUCUCAGAUUAGUAGUAACUAGUAGUCUUCGUUAGCCAAACGAACAUACUGCAUUACUAGUAAUAUUUGUUAGAGAUUAGAUGGUGGUUGGAGGUAGUCAACAGGAAACCCUGGACCCGGGUUUCGUGCUACUUGGCACUCGUCAGCAACGUGUACCUGUAAUAUUUGUUAGAGAAAGAAAUAAUAAAGUGAAUAUGAAUAAUUUCGAAUUAGCUCUGAACAUUUUAUUUUCAUUAUCACAAAAUGUAAACAGGUCCAUCUUGAUAAGUUCAGUGAUAAAACUGUCCACUAUAUCAGGAUUUCUUAACCAUCUACACAUAUCGUAUGUCAAUUCUCAUGAAUACAUUACUUUUCCUUUACGAGAAUACAGAACUACAAUCGAACAACAUAAAUAUUGUCAUAUCUUUAGUAUGCAGAAAAGUGAAAAUCGGCCAUAAAUAUGCAAAGAGUAGUAGAAUCUAACGUAUUUGUAUUAGUAAAAGAUGAAUAGCUAUAGAAUGUGAAGUUAAAUUAUCACCAUAAAACAGUUUGAAUAAAUAACCUACAAGUAUUAUUCUAAAAAUUAUUUUUAGAGGUCCAUGGGUAAGUAGUUCAUCUCAGUUGAAUUCUGAAAUAACUACCAUUUACGUGUGUAUUAACUGUAAGCUUGAAUUUACUCUUAGAUGAUAUAUUAUAUGUAACUAAGUAUAAUCAGUAGUAUAUUGAGCUAUUUAAGAUAAAAGAAGUAUUUAAAACAGCUAGUUUUUUAAAAGGUGAUAUUUUACCUCUAUUCAUAAACACUAAUGGUUUUUGCCGCCUUUCUAAUCAUUCGAAUGGUUUAGUUGUGAAAUCUUUUCGCGAAUACGUUUUAUAAUAAUCAAACGUUGACUAACAAUUUCCCUUUUUUAUUGUUGUUGCAUUCCGACAAGAGGGUAAGUGAAUUAUUGCAAUAUAUAAUUAUUUUAAAAUACUGGUUCAAUAGCAAGUUUUAUUUUAACUCACAAAAUAUUCAUUGAAUAUAAAUACUACCGGUGCCACCGAAUUUGGAAUAGAUCACAUAUAAUCUGAUCUGUCUUUCAUCAUCAUAUAUAAAUAUAUAUACUUGUAUGACACACAAGUUGUGUUAUUUAUUAUAAAGUAAUCGGAUCAUGUUUGCAUCUUUUUUGAUCCUAAAUAUCAUUGUGAUUUGUUGAAGAUAUACACACCCAAUAUUUAUGCAUUAGCAAUCACUAUAUUGACUAUCUUUGUCUCCCUUUCUGUCAUUCCAACGGUUUACUUGUUAAAUCAUUUUCACAAACACGUUGCUUAACAUUGAAAUAUUAACCAACAAUUUCUCUUUUCAAUAUUGUUGAUUUUACAGGUCGUCGUAAGUGAAUUAUUGCAAUAUAGAAUUAUUGUACAAGACUAAUUCAUUAACAAGUAAUGUUUUAACUCUACUGAUAAGCUUCCGUAUAUUCCUUGAAAUCAUUUCUCAUGAAACAGUCAUUAUUGAGUCACACAGAAUUUAUCACAGGAUGAAGCUAUGAUUUGCUUACCAAUAGAGAAAGUUCCAAAGUACAGUAAUUGUCAAAGGAAUGACAGGUUUCACUGAACAGAUAAGAUGACAGUAUUUUCAUUUUCAUAAUUAUGAUUAUCCUCAGUAGGUCAUCCGUAAACUGGUUUAUUUUAGUAUUUUGAACUGCAUUAAUAAAGAAACUCAUUUAUACAUCGCAUGCGUAAUAAACUAUGUGUAAAAUCCAUCUCAAAAUAUCCAUUGAAAAUAAAUAAUACCGGCAAAACCAAAUUAGGAAUAGAUCACAUCUAAUCCGAUCUACCUUCGAUCAAUCUACACGAAUAUAUAUAUUUGUAUUUGAAUGUCACACAAAAUAUGCUAUUUUGUAUGAGAUAAUUAUAUUAUAUUUCUGUUUAGUGUUAGUUUACGAAAUAAGAUUGAAUAUUUGACUUGAAACUUAUUUUGAAAUUCAUUCGUCUAAUCUUAUUUUCCGUCAGUUGUGUGAAUUACUAAUGCCUUUCUUCUGAAACUUCAUACAAUUUCUGUAUAAAUGUUCAGCUGUGACUGAGUGUUCAAGAAUCUGUCAAAGAAUUGUUUCUGGAAUCAUGAUAAUAUAUAUGCCCUUCGUAAGUAUACAGUAUUAAGAUGAAUGAUAAAUGCUGAAUUUAUGACCAACUUUCACUUAAAGAUCGUUAAAUGAGUUCUCCAAAUUAGGAAGGGAAAAAUAAUAUUGGAGGAAUUGAAUUUGGAAAAAUUGUGUCGCUUUUAUUGUAGCCUACACUCUAACGUUAAAAAGUUUCUUUAAAAUUACUCAUCAUCAAUUGUGGAUUCGUCACAAAAUUUCCUUCAAUUAUCCACUUCAGACCAAAAUCACUUUUCGAAUUACACUAAUAUUCACAAUCUUUCAUGACUGAAGAAUUUAGUAUCUCGUUUUUGAGUUGGCUGUUUGUAUCUGCCAUCAACAUAAAUUCAUAAUUUGUUUCUUAAUUAACAAAACAAAUAUUAUUUUCUAGAGGAUUGUCAGUGGGAGCCACGUGAGUAUUUUGAAGUUUCUAAUAUGGUUCCUUGUACAUUGACUAUUAUAUGCAUAUAGAAGGGUAAUAGCAUUAAUAAUUCGACAGAUAUGUAUAAUCUGAAACAUAAUUAAAUUACGGCUAUAUCUAUUUCUGAAUUGGAUAUGCAAAGAUUUCAUAUGUAAAUAUGGAUUGGUCGAACUCAGUUUACCAUAUCACAUUUGAUGAUAAGAAGAAAGACCCUGCAUAACAUAAUCUGUAAACAUUAAAAACGUUUUAGGUUGUUAAUGUUUUAAUAAAUUACAAGUUUGUAUAAAACAUAAAAUUACCAAAACAAGCUCGAAUAAUACCGUUGGACAUCAAUGGUGUGAUUUAUUUUGGAUUGUUUAGUCACUUCAUAAGUGAAUACAUUUUUACUGUGAUUAGUCACUAUGACUGCGAUUUUAUUAUCAAUAACAUUUAUUAUUUAUUUUAGUCAAAGACUAUUUGAACAAGUGGUACGUUUGUAUAGUAGAAUUUUAUUGUGUUAAUUUAAAUCAUGAAACGCUUUUGUACAAAAACUCUCAAAGUUAUAACUGACUAAAUACGAGAACACAAUAUUUCACUACCAUUGUAAAACAUUCAUUUUACUCAUUUGCUUCUAAGUACAUUUCAGAAUUGAUUUUAAUCCUUUAUCACUAAGCAAUUUAUUGAAAGGAUAGAUGUCAAUCAAUCGAAAUGUUGUCUGACACGAUUUAGGUAAAUUUAAUCUACACUGAAUAAGAAACGGUUAACUGGAAAUUUUAUUCAAAUAAAUUGGGGAAAACAAGUAGCUUAUUAUGGAGGAAAUUGUAGUUGUGAGAAUCUUGAUUAGGAAGGCAUUUCACUCGAUCGUCUGAUUUAAGCGUUUUCAAGGGAAAUGAGUGAGGAACCAAACCGUCUAUCUUGAAUAAAAAGUUCAUAAACUAUUCAUGCAUUAGACAAACCAUCCAGAUCAAAUUCUAAUGUUAAGAAAUAACAAUUUUAUGAUACUUGAUUAUUUUCAUUGAAAAGCUUAAAUCAGACUACUGAAUGAAAUGUUCAUUCAUUGAGUGUUUUACAAAUAUAAUUUUCUCCUUAAUGUCUUACAUGAACUCAACGACCAAAUACUGUGAAUCUAUUAGUUUGAAUUUAGACGAACGUUCGUAUACGAGUUACACACUGUCUCGUUUAUAUAUAUUUUAUUUCCUGUUCAGCAUAAUACAUCAGUAGAACUAGCGAAAGAUGUAUGUUCUAUGCCAUUUUAUACAAUUAAUCUUGUUUUACAUUGUUUCGAAAUACACUUUAUGUCAAUAUGUCGAGAUAAAUAUCCUCUCAUAUUGCAAAUUGUUAUACGUUUAAUAUUCUGUAUUAUUUGCUGCAAACUCACACGUAGAACAUUUCAUGACAACGAUCCUGGUACACAUCACUAUUGCUGAACACCUAAUUUCGCCUGAGUAUUCUAUGCAAUAUUGAAACUGCUUAAAAGUAGUUUUCCAUCUUGUCUAACAUGUGAACAUUUAACUUGUGAUUAGGCAGCUAAAUCCUUUUCAGUAGUAUCAGAUGUUCAGAAAACGUGGUUUUACAAAAUAUCCAUAGAUACUUAUUACUGAUGGUUGAAAUCAAAACUUUUAGUAUAAUUUUGAACUGUAAAGAGUCAUUAAUCAUAACAAAUAACCGAGUAAAAUUGAAAAAAUAGGAAAGUAAUUCAAUAAAUAAUAAGACGAAAAAUAGUUCAAAUAGAGACGACCAGUAAACAUGGCGUCGUUGACUGCUUAUCCAAAAUCAUAGUUCUUAAUAAAAUGAAGAGCAGAUGAGUUUUAUAAUUAGUGCCUUAAGCGAAAUCUAAUAUUCAAAAGUGCAGUUAUAUUUGUGAUCUGCAUUUAGUAAAAUUUAUCAACUAAAGAGAUUCUAACGUUCAUCUGGAUUCAAUUGAACGGAGUUCCCAUUGCUAAUCGAUUUUAAUUAGUUUAACUUAAAGUUUCAGUUUUGACAAUGUCUACAUUUGCAAUAUAAAACUUACUAUUUCUAUUACAGAAAGUUAAUAAAACCGAGGUAAAUUGAAUGUCAAGUUAUUUUAACAUUUUGAUAAGGUUCUCACAGACACUUUUACAAUGAUAUAUGAAUACAUGCAUGGAAAACAAGCUGUUAUUUAUGUUUAAUUUUCCACCAGUAACUGUUAUAUUCAGUCACCAAACAAGUCCAACAGGGCUUCUGAAGAAAUUAUCCAUGGUGUAUAAAUCUACGAAAACGUGAUGUGCGAAUACAUUCUUUGCAAAUUCAAAAGAUACUUAAUCGAUAAGAAAUGUGUCUUAUCAAGUUGAAUAGUUGAAUUCAUUUUGUUAAAUAGUUUCUAAUUUUGUUGAAAAGCAGGGCGGCCUGCUUGAGCAUCUGGGCUACCUGUUCCUGCCAUCUAGAUAUUUCAACAAGUUAUCUAUUUUCGUUUGUUUUAAUAUAUCAUUAUGUUUAUUAAUCACAUGACCUAUUCUGCUGCGUUUCUGAAAAGUGUACAACCUUUCGUUGUCAAAGUUACAAAAAACUCAAUAAAAGCCAAUGUGGUUGCUGGCAAUAUACAGUGAAAAGAAUGCACAUUAUUCAGAUGUUCAUUUACUGAACUGCUAACAUCUAACUGGCGACCACUCAAUAUUUAUCGCCAGGACCGACCAAGAAGAAAGAAACGGAAACUUGUUGAAAUACUUUGCGCUGAGAAUUCUAUAUUGUACCAAUAAUAUAAUAUUGAAUAAAGCUGAUAAUAAUAAUAAUAAUAAUUUGAAAAUGUACUUUUACAAUAUUUUAUUUAUCACAAGAUGGAAGUAAGUUGUUGAUUUAUAAUGACUAUUGAAUCUCCUCAUGCUUUUGUUCAAACCCACUAACGAAAUGAUCUUGUGUUUGGUUUGAGCAAAUACAAUGACUGCUAAUAAGAGUUGAAUAUCCAAAGACUAACCACUGGUUUUAACACUGGAAAAGAAAACAUUGUAUAACAUUGUAUAGCACGUUCCCAAAACUCGCUUAUUCCAAUGACCAAAAUCUUUGAUGUAUAUCAAAUGAUAAACUAGCGUUAAGCGGUCAAGUCCUAUGAUAGUACUUGAAAAUCUCACCAGAUGUUUUGUUGUUCGUUUACUCAAAAAGAUAGUUGUUUCCUCCUGAGAUUAGUUUCCGUUUAAUAUCAGUAUAAUUUACAUAUAUUUUGUGGGAUUUUUGAAUCAUUCAUGGUCAAAGUUCUGGAUACUUGUAUUUGAUAGGAUUUUCAGAAAAAAAAUAUCAUUUCGAUAUGUUGUGCAGAUUACUGAAGAAUUCCAACAGACGAAGAAUUAUAGAUCCCCAAACUGGAGAACGUUGGUUCUAUCAUUACUAAGUUAGUUAUAGAAAUAACGUCGAAGUAGUUUUAUUGCUAUUCAAUCGUCGAAAUAUUUUGUUCAGCCGAAUGUGAAUAUGUAAUUAAAUUUCAUUCUCCUAACAAAAAUCUAGUCCCAAUACUUUAUGUGUACUUUCAUGAAAAUUGGAGUAUCUUCAACAAACAGCCUUUAAAAUACCCUUUAAUUCUCCACUGAAUCACAUUUUUCCAAUGUUUAUAAACAUAAUCAAGUUGUUGUACAUUAUUUUUUCAUUGUGUUCAGAUUAGAGGAAGGCGUUGAUUAACAGUUUGCAAACAAUCAUUUGAUUAUACAGAAUAACUUUUCGUUGUUUGACCUUACCUUCAACAAAAUGAGAACUAAAAUUCAUAUUGAAUCAUUUCACUUUUAAAAUGAUUUUAUAUUAAAUAUUUUGUGAUAUUAA